AUGUCAACCAAUAAGUUAACCAUCUUCAUCACCGGUGCUACAGGAUAUAUUGGAGGGUCUGUAUUGCAGGGCCUUCUUGACCAUCCGAAACAAACCACCUUCGAGAUUACGGCCCUGGUCCGCGACCCAGUCAAAGCAAAACGCUUCGAGGAAGAGUUCGGCGUGAAGACCACAGUGGGGUCCUUGCAGGACCUCGACAAGCUCUCCGCCCUCGUUAAAGAGGCGCAUGUUGUCAUUAACGCGGCGGACAACAACGACGUGAACGCUAUGAACGCCAUUCUGAGCGGUCUCAAGGCGCGACACGACAAGACGGGGGACGUGCCCAUCCUCAUCCACACCUCCGGAGGAGGUGCGCUCCUCGACGACGCGCGCGGCGCACACGCCUCCGCACCCAUCUACUCCGACCUCGACCUGGCCCCACUCGACGCGCUCCCGCCCACCGCCUUUAACCGCGCCGUCGACCACGCCGUCAACGCUGCCGACGCCGCCGGGUACGCGCGCACGUACAUCGUCUCCCCGUCCCUCAUCUAUGGGGCCGCGUCCGGGCCCCUGGUGAAGGCGGGACUCGCGAACGCACACAAUGUCGCGGUAGGGCUGAUCGUGCGGAGCGCGCUGCAAAAUGGGGAGGUUGCGGUGCUGGGCGCGGGUAUGUCCGUGUGGGCGAAUGUGCAUAUUGAUGACGCGGCGGACCUGUAUAUCCGGCUGUUCGACGCACUCCUCAACAACCCGGAGAGCGUCUCGCACGGGCGCGACGGCUACUUCUUCGUGGAGAACGGCGAGCUUAGCAUGAGUGCAGUUCUGACGGCCGUGGCGGACGCGCUGUCCGCGCUCGGGCGCAUCCCGUCGCGCUCGCUCGUGGCGUGCUCCGAGCAGGAGAUGGGCGCAUACUAUGGCAGCCCGAUCUUCGUCAAAAUCCUGUUCGGAAACUCGCGGUGCAAGGCGGAGCGGGCGCGGCGGGAGCUGGGGUGGGCGCCGAAGCACCCUGCACAGGACUUCGUGGAUGGUCUGCGGGCCGAGGUGGAAAGUCUGGUUCAAGAGGAUGAGGCGAGCAAAAGCUCGGGUCGCUUCGAACAAGCUUAA